UGGGAGCAGGUGUGAGUGAUCAUUCUCAAACAUCGUGUCCUGAGUCCUUCAAAACAUGGAGGAAGGGCUUGAACUUCAAGCAGUCCUGUGUCUCCUGUAGUGGUACUGAAACAGCUUUUGCAGUGAAGAGUUAACGUCUCCAGGCUGACGGGUGUGUGAACGAAUGAUGACCUUAGGAACCUGUCCCUCUCUGGCCAUGUGGGCUUUGACAGCCUUCCUGAUCAGCUGGUCAACAAGUCAACGUCACAGGGCUUCUGCUUCAACAUCCUCUGUGUGGGUGAAACUGGCAUUGGCAAGUCAACGUUGAUGGACACUCUGUUCAACACCAAGUUUGAAAGUGAACCUGCGACGCACAACGAGCCUGGCGUGAGGUUGAAAGCCAGGAGUUACGAGCUCCAGGAGAGCAACGUGCGCCUGAAGCUGACUAUCGUGGACACAGUUGGCUUUGGGGAUCAGAUCAACAAAGAUGACAGCUACAAGCCUAUAGUAGAAUACAUCGAUGCACAGUUUGAAGCCUACUUGCAAGAGGAGCUGAAGAUCAAACGGUCCCUGUUCAAUUACCACGACACCCGGAUCCACGCCUGCCUUUAUUUCAUUGCACCAACUGGACACUCCCUCAAGUCCCUAGACUUGGUCACCAUGAAGAAGCUUGACAGUAAGGUCAACAUCAUCCCCAUCAUUGCCAAGGCUGACACCAUUGCCAAAAACGAGCUGCACAAGUUCAAGAGCAAAAUCAUGAGCGAGUUGGUCAGCAACGGCGUCCAGAUCUACCAGUUCCCAACGGAUGAGGAGACAGUGGCUGAGAUCAAUGCCACCAUGAGUGUCCACCUUCCUUUUGCUGUAGUUGGCAGCACUGAAGAAGUGAAGAUUGGCAACAAGAUGGCCAAGGCCAGGCAGUACCCCUGGGGUGUUGUGCAGGUGGAGAAUGAAAACCACUGUGACUUUGUGAAGCUGCGGGAGAUGCUGAUCCGCGUGAACAUGGAGGACCUGAGGGAGCAGACGCACACCAGGCACUAUGAGCUCUACAGGCGCUGCAAGCUGGAGGAGAUGGGCUUCAAGGACACAGACCCAGACAGCAAGCCCUUCAGUCUCCAAGAGACUUACGAAGCAAAGAGGAACGAAUUCCUGGGUGAACUCCAGAAGAAGGAGGAUGAAAUGAGGCAGAUGUUUGUCAUGCGAGUGAAGGAGAAGGAAGCAGAGCUGAAGGAAGCAGAGAAAGAUCUUCACGAAAAGUUUGACCAUCUAAAGAGGACUCACCAAGAAGAGAAGAAAAAAGUGGAAGACAAAAAGAAGGAACUUGAGGAAGAGCUGAACAACUUUCAGAAGAAGAAGGCAGCAGCUCAGCUAUUACAGUCACAGGCUCAGCAGGCAGGUUCUCAACAAACCAAGAAAGACAAGGACAAGAAAAAAAACCCACUCGUGAGGAACGUGCACGUCUUUUAGUGUCUCCUUUCAGUGUGGCUCCACACCAGUGCAAGCUUCACAUAAAGCCUGGCAAGCCAAGGAUGUUCCUGCAUUCACCUGCUUUUGCAGUAAUGUGUCUCUGCCAUCUGUUUUCUUUCCUUUUUUUUUUUCUCUUUUUUCCUGUUUUCCUCCAUUUUUUUAACACAAGUAACUACUAACUCACCUAAUAACAUAGUGGGAACAAGAAGGGAGAAGGAUUGGGUGCAGGACUCUAUGUAAUGGGAAGCUCAGGGGCGGGAAGGAGCAAGGUAAUGAUCCCAUGGGUUUUCCUCAUCAAAAGCAGCAGCAGUAAAUCAUUCUCGUUCCCAGAUUGGAACUCAGAGUCAGGGCUGGAUGUCAGCAGCUCAGGUGAGCAUCAUGGACUGGCUCAGCUCCUUGGAGCUGGUGGCCUGCCCAGCUCUAAGAGAGCUGGCUGCACUGUGCUCCACAGAAACCAGCCUUGAGGAACUGCUGCUGCCCAGGGGUCACAACCCAGUCCCUGGUGUGGCUGAAGCCUGAGUUUAACCCAGCCUGAGUUCCUUCUGGUGUCAGAGCAGUGAGAGUCCCGGGGCCGGGGGGGCUGCGUGUGCAGAUAACAGAAGCUGUCACUGACCUUGCAUGCCAUUACAUUUGCAUGAUGGUUUCCUUGGCUCCUGGUUCUGUUGCCUGCCUUUGUCUCAGUGGUUGGCUGGGGUUUGUUGUCACCUGCUGGCCUGUCCUCCAGUACAGGCCAGCAGCUCCCUGCGGCAGUGGGCGCCGAGCGGCACCGCAGGCGCCGGGAGCAGGAGUGCUUCUCGCUGCCCCUUCCAUCUGUUGCUUACCUGGCUGUGACCUUUGAAACCUCCCUGGAAAGAGCAUCUGGUCUCCAGGGUGCAUGCUCUUAGUAGCCCAUACGGAAUCAGAUGCCUGGGUGGUGUGGAAGCCAUUCUUCAGCAGCCUCUUAGAGCCUUCAGGAGGGUUCCUGCAUGUGCCUAGACAGGCUUGCAGAGCUGCAGAGUCCAGAGCCUCACAGCAAGGCAGAGAGGGGGCCUGGACACACAUUCCCUGUGCUCCUCACCAGCCCUCCUGCACCAGGGGCAGCGUCCCUCGGACAUGCAAAGGAGAGGUAGCGUAGCCAGGCCUCCUGGUGUGGAGAUGGGUCUGGUCAAUGUCUUCUACACCACUGCUUUGUUGGACAGAGUCUUUCCCAUCCUUCUGAAGGAGUGGCAAGCCAUGCUGACCCUGUGACUGCUGCAUUUCCUUCUCUUCUGCUGAUGUCCAGCCAGCAUUUCCACUCCUCCUAGCCAGGUAGUCUCCUUCUUCCUUUCCUUAAAGCACUCUUAAACCUGCUCUUUCCUCCCAAGCCUUGCACACUGCAGUUCUUUACUUGUUUCUGGAAUGAAAUUUCUUGUCUCUGUGGGUGUGGGGGUGGAAACCCCCAAACCCAAAAGGCAGAAUUAUCAUCUUUGAAGUGUUGAAGUGGGGAGCACGUUUGGGAGUUGCCUUGCUUUUUGACCCUCCUUGCUUAAACAUGGCUUUGGGAAGAGAACAUCUAAGUGCCAUGUGUUGGGCAGACAGCAGAAAUCGAUUGGAGGUUAAAGGAAAAGCUGGAAAUAAAAGAGUUGAGCCUCUCC